GACUGUGCGACGCUGCAACUGUUCGAGUGUGUCGCGCUGCUCAGUUCGCGGGGCUUGGCCGGAGAACAGAACUUCUGUAUUAUAAAAGACAACAAAAUGGAGUUUGUCAUAUCCAGCAUGGAGGAGGUGUGCCCAGCUGUAUCAAAACCCCUUCAUAUAGGAUAUAAAUGUGAAGAGGGGGUCUCAGAAUAGAUGUGUGAUGAUGAGGAUGAGAAAAAUCUCACACUACACAGAGACCUCCUUUACAGGCAUAUCAUGGAAAAAAGAAGUGUGGAAAUUAAGACAGAGGAAUGUGAGUGGGAGCCUGCACAACUUAAGCAGGAAAAAGUCCACAUUAAAGAGGAGGAGUGUGAAAGAGAGCUAACAGACAUGAAAGAGGCCGAGUCUCACAGCACCGACAUGCAGACAAUAGAGACAGUAAGCCCGAUAAAGACAGAAGACUUUAAAUCAGAGUUUGGCACAACAUCAUGUUGUCUAAAUACAGAAGAAAGUGGAUUAGGCUUUACAGCAACUGAUCACUGCUCUCUACAGCAUCGUCCUGACCACGUGAAGUCCGAAUAUAUGGAGUCUGAUGUGAACAGAACUGCAGAAAAACCUGGUUCAAGUGAUACAAGAGAAGUAUUCCCAGUUUCCUGUGUGCACGGUGUUGAAAACAAGAAUAGAUUCUCCAACAGCAGCAUACUUCAGAAAUGUGCCAGAAUUCACAAUGGACAGAAGUCUUAUUGUUGUUCUGAAUGUGGCAAACGAUUCUCUGUUAAGAGCAGUCUUGAGAUUCACUUGAGAAUACACACCGGAGAAAAACUAUAUUGCUGUUCUGAGUGUGACAAGCAAUUCUACAGUAGAAGCAGUCUUCAGACUCACUCAAGAAUACACACUAGAGACAAGACAUAUUUCUGUUCCGAGUGUGGCAAACAAUUCUAUGACAGGAGCUAUCUUCAGAUCCACGCUAGAAUUCACACUGGAGAAAAGCCAUAUAGCUGUUCUGAAUGUGGCAAACGAUUUACGGUUAGAAGCCAUCUUCAGAACCACUUGAGAAGUCACACUGGAGAAAAGCCUUAUUACUGUAUUGACUGUAACAAACGAUUCUCAACAAGUAGCAGUCUUCAGAAACAUAAAAAAGUCCACACUGGAGAGAAGUCUUUUUGUUGUUCUGUGUGUGGCAAAGGUUUCUUGCAUAGGAGCCACCUUCAGAGCCACACAAAAAUUCACACUGGAGAGAAGCCUUAUUACUGUUCUGAAUGUGGUAAACAGUUUUCAUACAGUAGCAGCCUUCAAAAACAUUUAAGAAUUCACACUGGGGAAAAGCCGUAUCGGUGUUCUGAAUGUGGAAAACUCUUCUCUGACAGCAGUAGUUUUCAGAAACACACAAGAAUUCAUACUGGGGAGAAGCCAUAUCAAUGUUCCGAGUGUGGUAAGAAAUUCUCUGUUCGGAGUCAUCUUCAAAGGCACACAAGAACUCAGCAUAGGAGCCACCUUCGUAGCCAAACAAGAAUUAACACUGGAGAGAAGCCUUAUCACUGUUCUGAAUGUGGCAAACAAUUUUCAUACAAUAGCAGUCUUAAAAAACAUUCAAGAACUCACACUGGGGAAAAACCAUAUAGUUGUUCAGAUUGUGACAAACAAUUCUCCACCAGCAGCAUACUUCAAAAACACAAACGAAUUCACACUGGAGAAAAGCCAUAUUUCUGUUCUGAGUGUGGUAAACAAUUCUAUGACAAGAGCCACCUUCUGAGCCAUACAAGAAUUCACACUGGAGAGAAACCAUAUUGCUGUUUAGAAUGUGGCAAACAAUUCUCACACAAUAACAGUCUUCAGAAUCAUUCAAAACUUCACAGUGGGGAGAAACCAUAUAGUUGUUCUGAAUGUGACAAACAAUUCUCCAGCAGUAGCAUUCUUCAAAAACACAAAAGAAUUCACACUGGAGACAAGCCCGAAAAGAGUAAGUUGGAAGGAAAAGGAAUUGAAUUCCUCAGCAGCGCUUCAGAGAAGGAACCAAGCCGCACGAGUCAACAGUUAAAGACUCACGCCGGACAGACGGCGAGAGAAGAGAACAAGUUCAUGUUGUCAAAGAAACUUCAGCGAAAGACAAAAGACAAUGUAACUGAAAAGCUUAACGCACAAAAAGGUUGCAGAAAGGUUUUCCGCUGGAGUGUCAACCUCUACCGAAGGACCGUCACUAUCGUACUCCUUAUCUCAAUACGUGUGGUCAUUUAUUGUCUUCUAUUUGCUAUCCAUCUCAUCCUCUUAUAUAUCCGCCUGGGUAAGUUGCUGCAAAAAAGAAAAAUAAUGACGAGGAAAACGCCGCCAACGUCACUAAGAGCGACGGAAACAGGGACUGUGCGACGCUGCAACUGCUCGAGUGUGUCGCGGGGCUCGACCGGAGUUCAGAACUUCUGGAUUAUAAAAGACAACAAAAUGGAGUUUGUCAUAUCCAGUAUGGAGAAGGUGUGCCCAGCUGUAUCAAAACCUCUUCAUAUAGGAUAUAAAUGUGAAGAGGGGGUCUCAGAAGGGUUGUGUGAUGAUGAGGAUGAGAAGAACCUCUCACUACAAAGGGUUUUAUUUGGUGGACAUACAAUGGAGAAAAGAAGUGUGGACAUUAAGACAGAAGAAUGUGAGUGGGAGCCUGCACAACUUAAGCAGGAAAAUGUCCACAUUAAAGAGGAGGAGUGUGAAAGAGAGCUAACAGACAUUAAAGAGGCAGUGUGUCACAGCGCUGGCAUGCAGACAAAUGAGACGGUAAACCCGAUAAAGACAGAAGACUUUAAAUCGGAGUGUGGCACAACAUCAUGUUGUCUAAACACAGAAGAAAGUGGAUUUGGCUUUACAGCAACUGAUCACUGCUCUCUACAGCAUCGUCCUGACCACGUGAAGUCCGAGUCUGAUGUGAACAGAACUGGAGAAGCACCUGGUUCAAGUGAUACAAGAGAAGAGGUUCAAGCCAGUGGCAGCUUCUCCUUAAUUUCACAAGCUCAGAUGCCUCUUCAGUGCAGGUUAAAAGAUAAACCAGAUGAUGCAAAUAUGAAGAAAUCAACAUAUGGGCCAGGUAGUUUGAUACCGGAUUUAUUGCAAGAUAGUUCUUUGCCUGGUGGGAAACUGAAGAGGACGGAUGAAAACAACACUCAAGUACAGGUCCACAGUACAAUUUCAGCAACUUUGUUAGACUGUCGAGCACAGAAGAAAAGUUUUAAGACCAAAGCUGAAAUCAAAGACAAGCAGAGUUAUUAUUCAAGACAGAAGCCGUAUUGUUGUUCAGAGUGCGGAAAACAGUUUUCCACCAACAGUUAUCUACAGACUCACACAAAAAUUCACACUGGAGAGAAGCUGUACUGCUGUUCUGAAUGUGACAAGUGUUUCUCCACUAGCAGUAAUCUUCAUAUUCACAAAAGAACUCACACUGGGGAGAAGCCAUAUCAGUGUUCUGAAUGUGGCAAACAUUUCUCACACAGUAACAGUCUUCAGAAACACACACGGAUUCACACUGGAGACAAGCCAUACUGUUGUUCUGAAUGUGGCAAGCUAUUCUCCGAUAGGAGUAGUCUUCAGGUACACAAAAGAAUUCACACUGGUGAGAAGCCAUAUCGCUGUUCGGAAUGUGGCAAACUCUUCUCUGACAGCAGUAGUCUUCAAAAACACACAAGAAUUCAUACUGGAGAGAAGCCAUAUCACUGUUCUGAGUGUGGCAAAAGAUUCUCUGUUAAGAACCAUCUUCAGAAGCACACUAGAACCCACACUGGAGAGAAACCGUAUUGUUGUUCUAAAUGUAACAAACAGUUCUCCACCAGUAGCAUACUUCAGAAACAUGCCAGAAUUCACACUGGAGAGAAGUCUUAUUGCUGUUCUGAAUGUGGCAAACGAUUCUCUGUUAGGAGCAGUCUAGAGACUCACUUGAGAAUACACACUGGAGAAAAACCAUAUUGUUGUUCUGAAUGUGACAAGCAAUUCUACAGUAGAAGCAGUCUUCAGACUCACUCAAGGAUUCACACUGGAGACAAGCCAUAUUUCUGUUCCGAGUGUGGCAAACAAUUCUAUGACAGGAGUUAUCUUCAGAUCCAUGCAAGAAUUCACACAGGAGAGAAGCCAUAUUGCUGUUCUGAAUGUGGCAAACGAUUCUCACACAGUAACAGUCUUCAGAAACAUACAAGAAUUCAUACGGGAGAAAAGCCAUAUUGUUGUUCGGAAUGUGGCAAACGAUUCACGGUUAGAAGCCAUCUUCAGAAUCACUUGAGAAGUCACACUGGAGAGAAGCCCUAUUACUGUGUUGACUGUAAUAAACAAUUCUCAACCAGCAGCAGUCUUCAGAAACAUAAAAAAAUCCACACUGGAGAGAAGCCCUUUUGCUGUUCUGUGUGUGGCAAAGGUUUCUUGCAUAGGAGCCACCUUCAGAGCCACACAAGAAUUCAUACUGGGGAGAAGCCUUAUUACUGUUUUGAAUGUGGUAAACAAUUUUCAUACAGUAGCAGUCUCCAAAAACAUUCAAGAAUUCACACUGGGGAAAAGCCGUAUCAGUGUUCUGAAUGUGGCAAGCAAUUCUCGACCAGUAGCAUUCUUCAAAAACACAAAAGAAUUCACACUGGAGAGAAAACUGAAAAGAGCAAAUUGGGAGGAAAAGGAAGGAAUGAAGAAGAUAGGAGGAGUGAAACUACUUUAACAGUAUGAAGAGGACUCAAGGAAGAUAUUCAUACUUGACUGAAAAGAUUCCUCUCUCACCUCUGUAGAGUAGGUGAUGGCGGUAGAGGUAAACAGCAUCUUCAGAUAAAGGCAAGACCUGCAGUGUACCAGCCACAUAGUGGAAGAGACACCAGACUAGUUAAAUGUAACUUGAAGAAAUGAAAAGGACUUGAUACAGUCCAGUGGACAAUUGAAGAUAAAGAGUAGACCAUAUAUUUUUACCUUUUUGCAUAUCAGACAGGUUGGACUUUGAUGCAUGUCAUAGAGUCUCUGACAGCUGAUGAGCAACAAGAGAUCAGCCAGAAGUGAACUGCAUUCAGUGCCCACAGACUGAGAAGAGUCAAGCUCAUUCAGAUCUGCAAGAAGAAGAACAGAGAACAGCAGUGAUAGCGUCCAGAAAUCAAGGAGAAGGAGAGCUCUGGAUCAUGCAAGUGACAGAGUGACUUGUGCAAUUUGAGAGCAAGAACAAAUGUCUCAUCUCUGCUGCUCCAUGAUGGAGUACCUCACACUGAUUAGAAAUGCAUUGUCUUUAUGUUACUUUUAUAGUGCAAUAGGAAAUUUGACACAAUACUCUACAGUUGUGAGGAAGUUAUGUAAUCGGUCACCCACUAUGAUUCCUAGUCAUUGCAUUUGCUGCAUCUCGUGGCUAGGAGAACAUCAAAUUACGAUUCUGUUUGACAUAAACACUGGCUGGAAAUCAUGUAGCAUAGCCCCGGCUUUAGAAGAACUAAGAGAAGGAAAUUGAAACACAGCAGAGUGAAAGUCAUAUUAACAACAACCGGACAUUGCAAGAGAUUGUUCCUGACUUACAAAAACCAGCAAUCGAGGAGUAGCUAAAUUAACUGAAACUGCCCUGAUCCACAAAAAGGACACAGAUAUCCACAGAAGAAUAUUGUUAAACAGAAUCAUACAGGAUUGUAUAUCUAAUAUGAAUAAGGACAUAACUAAAAUGAAGCAAAACAAUCAAAUUAUAUUAGUCAUAACAACACUUCACAGGAUCUAAAACUGUGUGGUGGGACUCAUCACUUCUAAAGAAACGGCAGAAAUGAAAAAUAACUCUACCCAAACUUCAGCAAAUUAGAGAACAAAGAAAGCUGAGACACAGGGAGAUGGCAUUAACGUAUGGAAGGAGUGAAGCCACAAAGUUCUUGCCAGAAUAGAACAACCAAAAUGACAAUAUUGCACACCAACUCACAGAAACCCAAGUGGACUUUAUUUUCUGCACAACUUUGCAGGAGUCACACUUGUUACUGUAAAAUCCUACAUUCUAAAGUGGGAAAAUACCACCGCUGUUCCAUUUGUUACUGUCAAUAUUAUGCCAUUAUGAUUUGUGCAUGCAAGGAGAACCCAAUAAUAUGACCAGUCAUCUGUAAGCUGCAUCUGUUUGAACUUGUACAGUAGUAUCUCACACAUAAAUGAGGAGAUAAGAAAUAAAGGCACA